CCUCCUCAGUCACUUUCUCAAUCUGCUCACUCAUUCAGGCGCCCAGCAGAAGCCCCUUCUGUCUGGCUGUUAAACACUGACUGGGAAAAGUUCCCUGGGAUUCACUCACUAAGCUGAUAAAGAAGAAUGGAAGGUUACUUAGCAUCAGUAUCGCUGGGAGAGGAGUCCACUCAAAUGUGGAGCCUUAACAAACGCCUGGAAGCCUAUCUGUCUAGAGUCAAAGCCCUGGAAGAAGAGAAUGAAGUGCUCAGAGCAGAAAUUCACACUUUAAAGAGCAGUAAGUCUGAAAGAUGCUGGAAGAGGAAGCAUCACGAAGAGAUGAUGAAGCUGAGGGAUGCUCUGGACGAUGGCCACAAUGCUAUGGUCCAAGCAGAAAUGGUAAGAGAGAGCAUUUAUGAAGAGAUUGAAUUUAUAAAGCAAAGGUGCCUGGAAGAGAAGCAAGCCAGGGAAGAUGCAAAGAAAGAACUGUCUGAGAGUAAGAGAUUGUUGGAAGAAGAAACAAGAGCACAGACCUGGUUGAAAGAAAGACUUGGCCAGCUCGAGGCAGAGUUGGAGGACAUCCUCAGAGACCACGAAGAAGAAAAAGCGCUGAUGGAGGAAGAGAUUGCAAGCUUCUCCCAAAGGCUGGAGAACUUCAGGGUCGCUCCCGUAGCCUUUAAACCCGUGGAGGUUGAAGACUAUGCCAGAAAACUCUCCGAGAUCUGGCAAGGGGCUGUGGAGGACUACAAGAGCGAAGUGUCAGCGCUGGAAGCCGGGCUUUCCGAGUCCAAGGAGAACCUGAGAAAGGUGUUGGAAGAAAACAAACAGAACCGGCUUCUGCUGCAAAGCCUGGAUAAAGAAUUAGUGAGCCUCAAGAUGAGGAAGGAGGCUCUGGAGGACCUUCUCUCCAAGCAGUGGCAGGAACAGAAGGAGGAGGAAGAAAAGCUACAGCUCGAGGCCGAAGCUUUGGAACAGGAGAAACAGGACCUCAGAGCCCAGAUUGCUGAAGUUCUGGAGGACAGACAGCAGCUUAUGCACCUUAAGAUGUCUCUCAGCCUGGAGGUGGCCACAUACAGGUCACUUCUAGAGGCAGAGAAUACAAGGAUAGACACUGAUUACAGAGCAUCUAGCACCUUUAAUGAUUCCAUGUUGGAACAUAAUAAUGUCAGGAGAAGACAAUCGGAAGAUACAAGGAAACACGUUUCUAGGGAACACAGACAGAGUUACAGUAAAAAGCAGAUUGGUGACAAAAAUGGACUGUCGAGACCCUCUCUGAACAAUUUCUCAACUGUGAAAAGUUCUACGGUUCCAGUAAGAACAAGUCCUGUUACCAAAGAGUUUCAGAAAGUUAGCUCUGUGCUUCAGUCUCAAGGUCUAAAAUACACCAAAGCACCUCAAGUCAAGGAAGUUCAGAACGUUCCAACACUUAAAAGCAAUUUAGAAACGCGCACCCAUUCUGCCGAAGCCGUUAGGAGAGCUAAAACGGAAACACGCUCAUAUUCCUAUAGUGUGCAAAAAUCGACAGAUGAACAGACUGUUAAAAAAGAUACUAUGGGGCUGAAUAAUUUGAAGAACACUGGUAUUAAAGAAGAAAAGGUUGUGAAGAAACCUGAUGUUGUGGAUCAUGUUGAGAUUAUAUCUGGAACAUCAACUCAACAGAAAGUUCCAGGAAUAGAUCCAUUGGAGUCUGCUUUGAAGUCAUUAGAGGAAGAUCUCAGCAGAGUGCCUACUAAUAUCGAUGAGGGUCAAAGUCCAAAUGUAGAGGAAAUAAAAGAUGUUCAAGAAGAACCAAUUAGUCUGGAGAAUCUACAAAGCAAAACUGCCUCUGAAUUUGAACUUCUAGAUAUUAAUGCUGAAGCAGAUGUAAUCGAAGAGGUUAUCAGUGAAUCAGUUAGCUACCAGAAAGUACAUUUUGAAAAGCAAGAAUUAUCAAACUUGCUGGCAAUGAAAAAUAUAUUUGAAGAACAUGUAUCCCCAGUGUUCGAUUCCCGUGAACAGGACGCAAGUGAUCAAGCAAUUACUCCACAAAAUGAACUCGAUGUCCAACAAGAUAUCAGGACACUUGUGUCUUAUGAAAUCAAAGAAUCAGAAAUCUUUUCAGACAACAUUGAAGAAGCUGAAAUAAUAAGCCAAAGUAUAAAUGGUUAUUUACAUAAUGAAUAUAUACCUGUUUCCAAGACUGAGCGUACUGAUUUUACAAGUCAAAAUAAUUUUGAGAGUUCCCAGUCCUUUGAUGACAAACAUUUUGAGGAAAAAUCAACUGAAGAUCAACUCAUCACAAGUCUGGACAUUAACACUGAAGUCAAAGAAUCAGAAAUAUUUUCAGACAACAUUGAAGAAGCUGAAAUAAUAAGCAAAAGCGUACAUGGGUUUUUAGAGAAUGAAUAUAUACCUGUUUCCAAGGAGGAUCAUACUGAAUUUACAAGUCAACAAGAAAAUGAUUUCGAGAGCCUCCAGUCCUUUGAUAGCAAACGUUUUGAGGAAAAAUCAACUGAAGAUCAACCCAUCAUAAAUCUGGACAGUAACAAUGAAGAGAAUAAUUUUCCCUGCAAUCAGGAACCAGAACAGGAUAUGUAUUUAGAAGAAAGCCAUCAUCAUCAAGAAGAAUAUGAUUAUAGUGAUAAGAAUCCUGUUCAAAAGAUUGAUGAAAAGUUAAGUGAUAUUGACCAAUUGGUAUUGGAAGAACAGGACAAUUAUGAAAACCCUAAGACAUCAGAAUUAAUUGAAGUGGAACACGGCAGUACGGAGUUAGGACAGGCUGAACAAGAUAAGUCAAGUGAAAUCCCAGAAGAAAUCAGCGAGAAUGUUAGUGUUGAAGAAAUUGUUCACCAGAUAAGUGAUGUUGAAGAGGAUACUCAACAAGCAUUUGAGGAUGAAGGAGUUAUAGUGCAGAUAAUCCAGAAAGAGCUGGAGAGUACUGAGUUGAGUAGUGCUGAUUUGGAUGGUCCAGGUUAUGCACAGGAAGAAGAUAGGCAGCUUGCAAAAGAUGAAGUGAGCAUAAGUGAGGUAAUUGAAAAGGAUCUUGAGGCAAAUGAACAGGAACGUCAAAAGGCUGAUCAUCAAGUUGUAGAUGUUAUGCAGGAAGUAAAGCAGUCAUUUGAAAAGGAAGUUGACCAGCUUAGUAACAUUAAGCAGGAGGUGGACUAUUUACAUAAUGAAGAAGAAGACAGUCUCCAGAACAAUUAUGAAGAGCCCCAGAAGCUUGAGUCAAGUGAUCUUGAAGAAGACAAUAAAAACCUUACAAACAUGAAAGAGGAAAAUCAACUGUCUAAGGAUGAAGGAAACCAGAAUAGUGUAGAUGAUAUUGAGGAGUUUAGUCAACAGGAUUAUGAUGUGGAAGAGAUGUGUCAAGAGACUGUUGACCAUCAGGUUUCUGCCCAGCUGCUGCAUGAAUCUGAAAGCAGUUAUGAUAAGUCAAGUAUGGAAGAUAAGGAAGAACAAAGCAAUAGUGAAACAGAGGACAAUAUCGGCUUAGAGCAGGAAUGUGAUCUUGAAAAUGUAAAACAGACUAGAUCAGAUGAAGAUGCUGAAUUUAGUCAAGCGGAAUGUGAACUUGUUUGUAAAGUGGAGACUAUACCUGACAGUUCAGAAUAUAUUAGAGAGCAGGAGGAUACAGACAAACAAGAAACUGAUUAUUCUUCUAAUGAAAACGUUAAUUAUGAUUUGUUGGAAAAGGAAGAAGUAAUAUUACCUCAGAUGGAUGAUCAAAACCCAGUCAAUGAAGAUGGGGUUACAACUGAUGAAGAGCUAGGUGGAAAAAUUACUGAGAAGGAACUUUCUCUGGUUGAUGUUAAUGAAAGCUUGGCUGCAAAUAAAGAACAAGAUGAUCAUUUCACAAAUGAAAAUGCUGUAGAGGAUAAUAUAUGUAUGCAGGAGAAUGAUAUUUAUCAAUAUCAAAGUAAAGAAGACCUUUUUGUAGAUGGAACCAGUAUGAAAGAAAAUGUGGAGAUUCAGCAGACAUUAUUUCUAAACCAAGAAAUGAUUGUGGGUGUAGAUGAUGUGGAUAAAGAUAUUUCAGGAGAAGCCUUAUCAGAAAAUGAGUCAAUUGAAAUGGAUGAUGUUAUAGAUUUGACACCUAAAACUAAAGUUAAUGAAGAUGAGCUAAUCAGUCAAAUGCAGGAUGGCAAGAUAAAUUUGGAAACAACGGAAACUACUGAAAAUAAUGAUGCGCAACUCUGCUUCGAAAAUGAGAAUGAAACAAAAUAUAUUAAAGUCACAGAUAGUCCACAAUUUGCCACUGAACUUUCACAAGAUGCUGGUGGAGAACUGAAUAUAGACCAAAGUAGUGAAAAUCAACAGCUUAGUGAGAACCCUUCUGAGACACUAAGUGCUCCUUAUUUCGAGUAUGAAACUGUGGCAGACCCUGAAAAUCAAGUAUCAACUGAAGAACAAGUGCAAGAAACCGAGAACACCCUCAUUAAACCAGCAGACAGCAAGAUGGAAAACGAGAAUUCGGAAUCUGAAGAAUCUGUUGAUUCACAGGAGAUUUCACUGUACUCACAUAAAAGUGAAGAAUUUGAAAUAAGUAAAGAUUAUCAGUUAGAACAAACCUUGCCAGACUCAACACCAUUACCUAACCUAGAAGAUGAAUUUGAAGAUUUAACUGAGGCACGUGUGAAAUCACCACUUGAACAGCCAGAUUCUAACCCUGAUGAAGAACAUCAAAAUAACGAUGAAUCUGGAGCCUCUACUUUUACAACUUCAUUUAAUGAAGCUAUGCAAAGAGACAUUAUUGAGUCUGCUUCCAAAGAUGAAGAAUUCGAUGAAGAAGAAUUUGGUCGUAUACUAGGUAUUGAUAAAACAUCUCCAGUGGAAGCCAUAACCAUUUCAGGUUUAGCCCAAGAACCAUGUUAUUUAGAAGAUAAUGAGGAAUCAGAAGACUCUAUAACAAGAGCUGAAAUUCUGAAGGAAAGCCCAAGAAAUGAUCUAGCCGACUUUAUGGUCUCACAAAUGUCAGAAACAAAAAUCAUUAUAUCUGAACAGGUGACAGAACAAACUCAAGGAUCACUUGAGUUUGGUGAUGCAACCAACACAUUUUCAGGUAAUAUUAAUGUAAGUGAAAAGGAAACAUAUGAGUAUGAAAGCAAUGAAGAAAAUAUAGAAUUUACAGAUGACCCAGAUAAAGACUUACUGGAAGGUGAGAACCAAUCAGUAAGCCCUGCAAAUAAUCUUGUAGAUGAGAAUCAAUCAGAAGAUAGUAUAAUCUCAGACAAUGAAGGCACAACUUCUUCAUAUGAGGAUUCGCCAAAUGCAACAGCAAUCAACCAAGUGGCAUUGGAAGAACACAGUAUGAGCACAUCUGAACAAAGUUCUACUGUUAUACAACUUACGGCUUCUGAAGGUUAUGAAAUGACUUCAUCAGAAAAUGUGGAAGACAUUGCACAAGAGACUGGAAAAGAAUUUCCCUCGGGACUGCCUGCUUCUAGUACAUCUGAGCAGGAAGAUUCCAGAUCUGAAGAUGAAGAGUUAGAAGAUGAAGGAAGUGAGUUUUCUUUUGGUGUAAAUGACGAGAAGGUAAAUGGAGUGCACAAAGAUGUCAGUGAGCAUGAUGGAACAGAAGAUAUGUUAAAUGGACAUUCAGAAAUAGUAUUUACCAACAAAAAAAGCUUUGAGAUGGAAAAUGAUGUUUUAGAUACACAGGAAAUUCCAGAAGAUUCCAUCAUUACAUUUGCCAUGUCCGAGGCAAAAAGUGAAGGUCUCUUUCAGUCUUUGCUUGAAACCUCAGAACCAAAAGAUGGCAGCAGAAUAGAAGAAGUCUUCUUAUCUGCUGAAAGUAAAAAAGUCACGGUUGGUCCUGAAUAUUUGGAAAGUUCCGAAGAGGAUAGGUUUACCAUGCUAGUACAAAACCCAUACCUUAAUGAUAAGGCUAACAAGGAGGAACCUAAGACUGUUGCAGAGUCCUUUUUAGUAGAUGAAGAAUUACUUGUUUCUGCCAAUCAACAAAUUAAUAAUGAGAAAUAUGAAGGUGUUUUAGUUACAAAGACUGUGAAUGAUGAGGAAGAUGCCUGGUCAUCUGAUGACUAAAUGACAUGCCCCAAUGUACUGCAUCAGUGUUAAAUUGAAGACUUUAUACUGUAUGUAAUCACCUCCUUCACUGUAAGACCAGUGACACUGGUUCCUACCAACAAUUAUGAAAUUUGAUAUAUUUAAAUUUGUAAUGGCUUUUUUAUUAGGUUUCUUGAAAUUACUUGGGGGUUUAUACAUUUCCAAAGCAUCGGGAUGGGGUUUUUGAUGGUCCAGGGCAAUGUAGAACAUGUCUACUUUAAAGUGGAUUUUAUUUAUAUAACACAUUUUUUUUUGCCAAUAACCUCAAUAUUUUAUUUUCAAAUAUUCCCCAAAAUACUACAACCAUAAACACAUGGGAUUUUUUGAUACUUAUAGGCUGAAUUGUCAACAAUAAUUACCUUUAUAAUUCUUGCUCAGAAUAUUGCAUGGCACAUUAUUCCUAUGUCAUAUGGUCGAUCACUAGCAUGCAAUUUACUUUUUUCAUAUAUUAUGCUCUAGGCAUAAUUUUUAAGUAUAUAUGUGAUUAUUUUGUGUGGUAAAAAUGGAAUAAUGUUAUGUUUUGGUAUCACCGUCAAAAAUGGAUUCAUUCAGUAAUGGAUCAUCCAUUGGUCAGCCAAAAUUGAAUUUAAAUGAGCAUACAAACCCUUAUUUUUUUUCUAGACAUGGAUUUUGCUACCCUGAGGGUCACUUACUAAAACCCCCGCCAACUGCUGAUCUGGUAUAAUGGGGUUUCGAAGCUUAAUAAAGCAUACCAACCUUUACAGGGUCAUUCAAGCCCUCAGAUACUGAAGGUUUAAAAUGUUAGCAGUAUGGCUCGUUGGGCUCAUUCCUAUGAUUGGCAGUUGAGUGUAGAAAUGGUAUGUACCCCAUAAACUGCUUACCCUUAAUUCCUUUCUAUGCUUCAGCUAAUGACCCCUAACCCCGAUGGCAUCUCUUGCCAUCAUAAUAGCAUCACUUGCUUGUCUACUCAGUAGGUUUCACUUCUACGUUCUCUUGGUCUUUGAAAUGGUGGAGAAAGUGGGCACCAACAGUAGAACCUGCAAGGCAAUAUUGGGGUGUUUAUAGUUUCUGAUGAGUAGUAUAGACGGCCUACUGUUAACAUGUUAGACAUACAGUAAAUCUAUAAAGGCUUUAAGUGGAGGGAUAAACAGUAUCUCGUGAUGUUAGACAAUUCCACGCUGUGAAAAAUAACAUCUGCCCAAAUACAUUGCACUACACUGAUUCCCUAAUAUUAGGAGUCAUGUGAGCGUAAAAAAAAAAACGUUUGUUUUUUUAACUGGUUAUUUAUUAAAUUUUGUAAUUAAAAUUCAUUAGGGAAUCUUAACAAUUAUAGAAAUUAAAACAAAAAUUGACUGUGGGACAAAGAACUGGGGGAAGACAAUUAGUUUAGGGGUGGCAAUGGAUUCCAUGAGGCUUGCUAAGUAUCUUUUAAACUGCCCCCUGUUGGUGAGAACCCCUUUUUCUCAAAGGAGGCAUUUCCUGGCUAAUAUAUGAUUGUUGGCUUACCUUAGUCCAGGGAUCCCCAACCUUUUAUACCUGGGAGCCACAUUUAAAUGGAAAUAGCUUUGGGGAGCAACACCAGCAUGGGUGUGCUAAAUAAGGGCUGCGAUUGGCUACUUAAUAGCCCCUAUGUGGACUGGCAGCCUACAGAAGGCUCUGUUUGGCAUUAUACUUGGAUUUUAUGCAACCAAAACUUGCCUCCUUACCAGAAAUUCAAAAAUAAACCCCUACUUUGAGGCCACUGGGAGCAACAUCCAAAGGGGUUGGGGAGCAACAUGUUGCCCACGAGCCACUCGUUGGGGAUCACUGCCUUAGUCUAAGCUAAGUAAGGAUUGUUCUAGAAUAAAUUAAAUAGUAAACCGGCCCAGUCCUUGCCCCUCUUAACAUUAUCUCCCUUCACCACUUGUAGUGAAAGGUGGUGCUUAGAGACAAAUAUAGUUCAUAUGCCGUAGAGACAAGACAGAGAAAUAUAUUAAUGGGACAGACACCCUUGAAAUGAUGUAUGGAGCCAAUAAUGUAGUUAUAUGGCCAUACCUUUUAUUAUUUCAACUGCUCUAGCCCAGUGAAGAAUAACUGCUGUUUGGUUGCUAUAGAAUACUGGACAGGGCUACGUUACUGCACAACUCCCUCCAGGAUUUGAACUUCCUAUUGGCUGCUGUUUGUGUAACACUAACAACGACUACCAAUGGUUGCUAUCUGCCCAUCAUUAGAACAACAGCACCAACAGUUGAACUUGUGCUGAGAUAUUGGAACCAUGUAAAUGUGAAUUUAACCCUGCAGUAUAAUGUUAAUGUGCCUUUGAGGUUAAAUGACCCUGUUCAAACCACCUCACCUUCUGGGUGCCAGUAGGUUUUGCUACCCUUCUGCAGUGAAACAGUUUGUACACCCCAUGUGUGUGCACUACGACCCUUUCCCUAGGGGGCAGCAAAGAGGGGUUGAUGGUUCCUCACACUAGAUAGAACCUGAAAGUCAAUGUGAGGUAGGGGCUGUAUCUUAUACAACUGAUUAACCUUAUGCCUUAAUAGAUAUAGGCUUAGUUGGCCUUUAAGGGUUUGUUUUUGUAUACAUUAUAAGGCAGAAUAAUGCAGAGAACAUUCCUUAGCUGCAUAUUUUCUUCGCUACAUAUCAAUGGGAGCUACCACAUUGCUUGUAUUCUUCCUAUAUGUCAACAACAUAGCAGCUUAUGUCUAAAAAUGUCUCUUUGGGUGGGGCAACAUGCCAGCGGAGGCAAACAGUAUGGCAGUUCUCUGUAAUGGGCCUGUUGCUAUGUACAAAAAGGCAUAAGCACUGUUAUAAAGACUGCACUCACCUACAAGUAUGAAUGUACUCGCCACCUGCCUCUGAAAAAAAUUCAUAUGAUAGUACGAAGAUCAUGUAACGACGUGCCUUCACUUUAAUAAAUCAGUCAAUGUUCUAUCA